CGUAUGACAUUUCCAUACAAGAAUAGAGGUGACCCUCCGUUCUGUCUGAGUGGCAGAGCAGCACAUCUUUGGCGAACAUCUCAACCUGCACAAUCAGACCUGAAUCAUGGCCGAACCAAUCCGUGUUUUGGUGACUGGCGCCGCCGGACAGAUCGCCUAUUCUCUGCUUUACAGCAUCGCUAAAGGAGAUGUGUUCGGCAAGGACCAGCCAAUCAUCUUGGUGCUCCUGGAUAUCACUCCCAUGCUGCCGGUGCUGGACGGGGUCGUCAUGGAGCUGCAGGAUUGUGCUCUUCCUCUUCUCAGGGAGGUGAUUCCCACUGAUAAGGUUGAGGUGGGCUUCAAGGAUCUCGAUGCUGCCAUCUUGGUGGGCUCUAUGCCCAGAAAAGAGGGCAUGGAGAGGAAGGACCUUCUGAAGGCCAACGUGGCCAUUUUUAAAACCCAAGGUGAAGCACUGGAGAAGUAUGCCAAGAAGACCGUCAAGGUGCUAGUUGUUGGGAACCCAGCCAACACCAACUGCUUGAUUGCCUCCAAAUCCGCUCCCUCCAUUCCUAAGGAGAACUUCUCCUGCCUGACCCGUCUGGACCACAACAGGGCCCGCUCUCAGGUGGCGAUGCGUGUCGGCGUGCCCUCUGACAGUGUGAAGAACGUGACUAUCUGGGGGAAUCACUCCUCAACUCAGUACCCAGAUGUGCACCAUGCUAUUGUGACCCGUAAUGGGAAGGAGAUCGCUGCUUUUGACGCUGUGAAUGACGAUAGCUGGCUGAAGGGGGACUUUAUCUCCACAGUGCAGCAGAGAGGUGCAGCCGUCAUCAAGGCCAGAAAACUCUCCAGCGCGAUGUCUGCUGCCAAAGCCAUCUGUGACCACAUGAGGGACAUCUGGUUCGGCACUCCAGAUGGUGAAUGGGUGUCUAUGGGGAUCUACUCAUCUGGCAAUUCCUAUGGAGUUCCUGAUGACCUCAUGUACUCCUUCCCUGUUAAGAUCAAGAACAAGAGCUGGAAGGUGGUUGACGGCCUCUCCAUCAACGAUUUCUCCCGUGGAAAGAUGGACGCCACCGCUGCCGAGCUGGUGGAGGAGAGAGACACUGCGCUCACCUUCCUCUCAGCGUGACUCCAUCACUCCACAAACACGCGGCAGACGCUAGACUCAAAGUCCCAGAAUUCCCGACUCUAAAGUCCUGUAGAUUUCACAGCUGGCCGUGAUCGAGUGUUGGAUGUUUAUGUCCUGUAUGCGUGAGUGUAUGAGUGUGUGUUACUAAACAAGAAACGUUCUCAAUGUAACUUCCCUCUGCUUGGAGUGUUUGGGGCAACACUUGAAGGAGUUUAUUUCCAAUCUGAAUCUUUACGCACAUAGUUGUCCUGACUAAAGAGAAAUAUCCAUCUUCUGUCAUACAACAUUAAAUGACCAUGUGGAAAACA